AUGAGAGCCACUGCAGCCAUCCUAUUGGUCCUCUGUCUCCUGGAUGUCGGUCAUGCCUGGGACUGUCAGCCUGUAGUGGAUAUCAAGAAUCUGGUGCAUAUCUAUGCAGGACUGGGGCAAGUGGUUGCUACGAACACAAGUCAAACCCCCUACUACCUGGUAGGUGAUAAAUGGAUCCCCCUGCCUGGUACCCUGAAGCAUAUCACUGUAGGACCAGCAGGGAUCUGGGGUGUCAACAAGGCAGACUCAAUCUACAAGUAUGUGGCCGGUAAACUGGGUGCAAGCUGCAGUUGGCUACAAGGGUCCAGGCUCACCUCUUCCAAGGACAGGAUUGCAGGAGCUGUGAAGUACUACAGCUGUGGACCCUUUGGGUGCUGGGCAGUCAACAAGAAUGAUAAUAUCUACUUAAUGAGUCUGAAUCAAGACUGUCAAAACAACGGGUGGAGUCACAUUGACGGCAAGCUUUCCAUGAUUGAGGUGGCAACUGAUGGUAGUGUCUUUGGGGUCAACUCUGAGGGUAGUGUUUAUACCAGGCCGGUGGUAGCUGGUCCCAUGCAGGAAGAUGAGGUUCCGGAGGUUCCUCCGCCCCCUCUGGACAUCGAGGGGUCCCCGGCGUACAAGAUACGAGCUAUUCUGGACUCGAGACGCCGGGUGAGGGGCUUGCAGUACCUCGUUGACUGGGAGGGGUACGGUCCGGAGGAGAGGUGCUGGGUUCCGGACCUGAGCCCUAGGACCAUGCCCCAGUCCACCUGGCCGUGCUGCUGCUCCAGUUUCAACUGUUCUGCCUGCGGCUAUGGAACCCUGACCUGUUCACCGGAUGUGCUACCUGUCCCAGACCUGCUGUUUUCAACUCUCUAGAGAUAGCAAGACCGGUAGAGAUACUCUCAAUGAUUGGCUAUGAAAAGCCAACUGACAUUUUCUCCUGAGGUGCUGACCUGUUGCACCCUCGACAACUACUGUGAUUAUUAUUAUUUGACCAUGCUGGUCAUUUAUGAACAUUUGAACAUCUUGGCCAUGUUCUGUUAUAAUCUCCACCCGGCACAGCCAGAAGAGGACUGGCCACCCCUCAUAAGCUGGUUCCUCUAAGGACUUUUUCCUAGCCACCGUGCUUCUACACCUGCAUUGCUUGCUGUUUGGGGUUUUAGGCUGGGUAUCUGCACAGCACUUUGAGAUAUCAGCUGAUCUAAGGGCUAUAUAAAUACAUUUGAUUUGAUUUACAGCUAAAGGCUAUCAAAUCUGGUCGUCUAUUGCGUUGGGGACAGAGAAUAAAAGGAGCAGAUUUCUGGGCAUGGUAGAAAAGAUUCAGGGCAUAAUGUACAGACAGGGGUUUGCUAGGGUGAGGGUACCGUGGAGGUAAACCUAGGCAUUGAGUGACAAUAAGAGAGGUUGCAUCUCUGGAGGUGCUAGAUAUGCUAGUUGUGGUCACCCCAUUUGUGGGGGGAAAGGCGGUAUCCGAGGCAUGUUGAGUGGGGAUAGGGGCUCCGCAGUAAAAUAAAACAAUGAUAACUACCCUAAACAACAGUAUACAAGCCAUAUUGACAUUAGAGAGAGACAUAAAGCAAUCACAGUUGUUGAUUGGGAGAGUAAGCUAAGACAACAACGGGUAAGACAGCAACAGCUAAUCAGCUAAGACAACAGGUAAAAUGGCGAUGAAUGGGCAGAGAGGGUCAGUUAACUACACACAGGGCCUGAGUUCGAAGUCUGGGGCCGACAGGUAAACAAAAUAAACAAAAUGGAGUACUGUGAUUAAUGAACAGUCCAGCAGGCAUCAGCUAUGAAGCCAGGCAUCAUAGGGUCCAGUGAACAGCAAUAAAUGAAACAGGGAAGUUGUUACUACGCUAGCAAGCGGGAGACACGGCGUUCAUUAAGGUUAGCAGGCCAGGGCUAGCAGAAGAGUCUUCACCGAUGUCCGACAAGGGCCGGUUGAGGUAACAUCGGACGAAAUUACGUCGGCAGACCUGACGUGAUGGAUCGGCGGGGCUCCGUGUCGACAAAGGGUCCAGGCCAAUUGGCAAAAGAGGUAUUUUAGCUGGAGUAAUUUUGUUUGCUACCCGGGAAAUGCCCCUGGCUCGGGGCUAACUGGUGCUAGCUUCGGGACAAGGGUGUUAGCCACUAUAGCCACUCGGUAGAAGCUAGCAAGUUGCGAUGAUCCGAUGCAAAGGUUCAGAGCUUACGGCAGGAAUCCAGCGAUUUAGUGGCUUCUAGUCGUGCUAGUGAAGAGUCCGGGGGGCAUCAGCUGUGUAGUCGAGUGAUCAUAGGGUCCACUGAGCAGGCCGGGAGAUGGGCCUGGCUCAAAGGCUAGCUUUGGGGCUGGGCCAGUCGGUAGCAUCUAGCUAGCUGUGGUGAUCUGGAGUAAUGGAGUAUUCUGGAGUAAUGGUGGAGAAAAGCAGUCCAAUAUUCUCAGGGUUGAUAUCGCACUGAGCAGACUGGCGGGUAUUAUCCAGGGUAAAAGCAGCUGGUGUCUGAGCUAGAGGUAAAGGCCGCUAGCCGUGGCUAACAAUGACUAACUAGCUAAUUAGCUGAUUAGCAUCUGAUGGCUAGCUUCUGAUGGAGGUUCUAGCUGUAAGGUCAAAAAAAAAAUAGCGUAUCCGUAUCACAUUGGGUGAGGCGGGUUGCCGUCUUGGAUCACUAUGUGAUACUACUUUGAGGAAUCUAAAAUAUUAAAUAUAUUUUGAUUUGUUUAACACUUUUUUGGUAACUACACGAUUCCAUAUGUGGUAUUUCACAGUUUUGAUGUCUUCACUAUUAUUCUACAAUGUAGAAAAUAGUUAAACUAAAGAAAAACCCUUGAA